GGGGCCGGCAGCACAGCGGAGCUGGACGGGAGGGUACAAUGGCGACGGUGACAGCGACGCGGGGCUGAGGUGAGGGAAGGACUCGCCCCCCCCCCACACCCCCGACCCGUCUCGACUUUCGGCGGCCAUGGAGUUGGAGGCCGAGGGCGCCGCCUGCGUGGGAUGUGCGCUGACCUGGAGCUUGGCGGCCGUGGUGUUUGGCGCUGCGCUGCUGGUGCCUUGGAGACUGGGUCUGGUGCACCGGCUCCGGUACCGGGUGGAAAGUUCAAGCCCCAGACAUGGUGGUGAGACAGUUGCAGAGGUUUUGAAGGCUCACGGUGUGAAAUACCUCUUUACUCUUGUUGGCGGACAUAUAUCGCCUAUUCUCGUGGCUUGUGAAAAGAUUGGGAUUCGUGUGGUCGACACCCGACACGAGGCCACUGCUGUGUUUGCUGCUGAUUCUGUGGCCAGACUGUCAGGUUGCAUUGGUGUUGCCGCUGUAACCGCAGGUCCUGGGUUAACAAACACCGUGACUGCAAUUAAAAACGCCCAGAUGGCAGAAACACCAGUGCUGUUGAUUGGGGGCGCAGCUGCAACUCUCCUACAGGGCCGAGGUGCAUUGCAGGACAUUGACCAGCUGUCACUUUUCAAAACACUCUGUAAAUUCUGUGGCACAGUUCGGACAGUCCGGGACAUCGUUCCAGUGCUCCGGAAGGCUAUUGCGGUGGCACAAUCGGGAACUCCAGGACCUGUGUUCGUUGAGUUUCCAAUUGAUGUCCUCUACCCUUAUCACGUGGUUCAGAGAGAAAUCAUACCAAAGAGGGCACCCAAAGGACUUAUGGGAAAAUCCGUAAGCUGGUAUCUACAGAACCAUCUACAUAACCUGUUUGCUGGAGCCUGGGAUGCAAGAGACAUGUCACCUUUGCCAGUGGAUGUACCCAUGGCCACCGCUGUCGAGGUGCAGAGCUGUGUAGAGAUGGUGAGCAGGGCUAAAAAACCAGUCAUUCUUCUUGGAAGCCAGGUCACACUCCCGCCCACACCAGUGAAAAAAGUCCAGUCAGCGUUGGAAUCUCUGGCCAUUCCCUGCUUCCUGGGAGGCAUGGCUCGAGGAAUGUUAGGAAGGGACAGUCCCAUUCAUAUCCGGCAGAAUCGAAGGGAUGCUCUAAAGAAAGCUGACCUGGUCAUUCUUGCAGGCACUGUGUGUGAUUUCCGUUUGUCCUAUGGACGUGUGCUCUCUAGAAGCAGCAAGAUAAUUGCCGUUAAUCGCGAUCACUCUCAGCUGCUAAAAAACUCGGAUAUUUUCUGGAAGCCGACACUCGCUGUAAAAGGAGAUGCUGGAUCCUUUUUAGUGAUGUUGGCAGAAGGUCUAAAGGGCUACCAGGCUCCCAGCGACUGGACCCAGUGUCUGAAGGAGGAAGAUGUUAAGAAGGAGAAGGCCAAUAGUGAAAAGUCAGAGGAGAAAUUGGAAAAGUAUCUGAACCCCUUGAAGGUACUGCAUCGUGUCGAACACUUAUUGGAGGAGGAUAGCAUAAUUGUUACAGAUGGUGGUGAUUUUGUGGGCAGUGCUGCCUAUAUCCUAAAACCCAGAGGACCUCUUCGAUGGCUCGAUCCUGGAGCUUUUGGGACACUUGGAGUAGGUGGUGGUUUUGCACUUGGAGCCAAGCUUUGCCGGCCAGAGUCUCAGGUUUGGAUCAUUUAUGGAGAUGGUUCUCUGGGCUACAGCAUUGCAGAAUUCGACACUUUCAAACGGCACAAGAUUCCAGUGAUUGCCUUGGUGGGCAAUGAUGCGGGCUGGAGCCAGAUUUCACGAGAACAGGUUCCGUUGCUAGGCAGCAGCGUGGCCUGUGACCUGGCGUAUACCGAUUACCACACUGUUGCUCAGGGAUAUGGUGGUACGGGCUUUUUACUGAACCAGGAGAAUGAAGAAGGAAUGGAUGAUCUAAUAAAAGCAGCUCAGGAGGAGUGUCGGAAUGGGAAUCCGACCCUUAUAAAUGUCUUAAUAGGAAAAACAAACUUCAGGGAAGGUUCCAUCUCUGUGUGAUAACAAGUUCCAUGUGGAUCACGGGUUUGAUGUUUCACGUGUGCCUUGCCUCAUAUUCUCACCCUCCUGGGUAUAAAUACAUAGAAAGCAAAGUGAAAAAAAUUAGAAUCAUGCAAUAACAUUCAAUGCAAAGAGUACUUUACAUAUAAUUUACCAAAUCAAAGACUAAUUACACUAAUGACCACUAGAUCUUUUUGAAAAAAAAAUCAUUGUAAAUUUUAUGGAUUUUUAGAUUUAAUAUCUGUUAAUUUUCCUAUAAAUUCCUGUGCAGUUUGGAACUGUUCAUCAAUAGUGGCUCUGUUUACAUAGUCUUGAAGGUUCGGGAAGACUUUCUGUGGUGGUACAAUGGUUUUUGUAGACAGUGAGUAGACUAAAUGAUCCUAGGUCGUAUAUAAUUGAAGCGAGUUGCAAAAAGAAAACCAAGGAUUUUGGUUUCUAUUUCUGUUGAGGCCAGACACUGACGAUACCACUGUCCAUGGUAACGUAAUCAAACUUAGGAACUGGCUGUUGAAUUGUAGGCAACCUUGCCAUUUUUUUUCUGUGGGAUUUUCUGAAUUAGCAUUACUGAAGAUUUAAUCCCUAUGGUUCAUUAGACUUGCAAACUUGAUUCUACAGCUGGAGGUCUUAUUAAAAUGUCUUUCUCUGCCUCCCCCUCCAUUCUUUCACGUUCAUUUUCAAGCAGAUACCCUUUUGAAGGAAGUAAAAUGACUUAAAUGACUUUCAUUAAUGACUUGGUCUGUCUAAUAUCCAAACAUUUCCUGGACAAGGUACAAUAUUGGAAGUAUCUGGAAUUUGUCAGGAGGCUCGUCAGAGUGUAUGCAGGACAUGGUUAUGUUCUAUUAUUCCUGCUUCUGCUUUGGAAGGCGUUGUGAGAUGUACGGAGUCUGAGGGCCAGAAUAUAACUUACACCAAUUCUGCGUUGAUUCUCUCACUCACAAUCAGAUGUGCAUCCAUGGGAUUUUGAGAGCUUGAUACACAGGUGGUUAGAAAAUGGAAUCACAAUGACAAAGUUUCCAAGGACGGAGCACCUAAUUCCCAAUAUAAGCUAAUUUGAGGAUUGAGAGUUCUGGCAGCUUUAUUGUGGUUGCAGAUGCUGUGUGUUAACUUGCAUUUGAGCAUUCAUGCAGGUGUUCCAAAGGUGACUAGAUAUGUCAACAACUGAUAUACAAUUUCAGUCCCAAAAUAUUCCACGGUCAACAUUCCCUUCAACCAAUGGAGAGUAGAACUAUAUUAAUGGUUGUAAUAAUUAUAAAUUCUUAUUCCUGUUAUGAAUGUAAUUUUGUUUUCUUUGUACCGUUUCUAUAGCUUUAAUACCCUUUCAGUACAGCGCUGUUUGCCACCAAUUGCCAGCAUAAAAGUUGUGAUAAUUCAUGUUUGUCUCAAGGUCUAAACUCAAAUUUGUCUUUUCGUAUACAUUUAAGAUCUCUAUGCUUGUACUCCAGGUUUCCUGGUUAUUCCUGGUCUCUUGAGCAGAUCUCAAAGCUAUUUGGGAAAAUAAAACUUCAGGGAAUGUUCCCCUUUUGACACACUUUUCUCCCAUAAAUAAAUACAUUUGAUUUUCAGGCACUGGGCACAGCUGGCAAGUCCAUCUCUAAUUGUCCAUUGAACCGAUGUCCAUUCUAGGCCUUCUUACAUUGAACCAUUCUACAUUUCCUAUAUCAUCGUCUGCUUUGAUCUGUCAUUUUCAAACCUUAUCCUUCCAUAUCUCUAGUUUUCCUCCCCCCGACUCUCAUUCUGAAGAAAGGUCUCAAACCGAAACGUCGCCCAUUUGCCUAUCCCUCUGAGUUACUCCAGCAUUUUGUGUCCAUCUUAGUCCAUUUUAGAUGGCAUUUAAUAAUCAACCGCAUUGCUGUGAGUGAGCUUGUAUACAGACCAAACCGGUAAGGACAGCACAUCUUAUCCCUGAGAGACAUUGGUGAAUCAAAUGUUUCUUGUUUCCAACUUUCUGAUUGUUUUCUAUUGUUACUAUAACCAACUUUAUUUUAUAAUUGAAAUUCUUAACUGAAUUUAAAUCCUCCCCCCCCCCCCCCCCCCCCUCCCUCAGCUAUCAUGGAUUUCAGCUCAUGUCACAUUACUUAACAUUCAUCUACCACAAUACCUGUGCCUCGGCAUCAAUCGGUACAUGGUCACUCUGUUCAUAAACUCUUCAGAGUCAUACAACAUGGAAACGGGCCCUUCGACCAAACCCGUCCAUGCUGGCCCAUCUAAGCCAGUCCUAUUUGUCCGCGUUUGUCCCAUAUCCCUCUUAACUGAUUCUAUCCAUGUACCUGUCCAAAUGUCUUUUAAAUAUUGUUAUUAUACCUGCCUCAACCACUUCCUCCUCUGGGUCGUUGCAUAUAUCCAAUGCCCUCUGCGUGGAAAAGGUCCUCUCAGGUUCCUAUUAAAUCUUUCCCCCUCGCCUUAAACCUAUGCCCUCUAGUUCUGGAAGAACUUGGGGAAAAAUAUUUUUUUUCUUGUUUAUGCCCCUCGUAAAUCUAUACUCUACUAUACAAUCGCCUCUCGCUCUCUUAUCUCCAAGAAAUAUUGUUUCCCUAUAACUCAGUCCCAUGAGUCCUGCCAUCAAGUAAAGCUUUUAUGCUGUCUUUCCAGCUUAGUGGCAUCUGACCAAUAGGGUGACCAAAACUGAACACAAUGCUCAGGUCUGAAGGGUUCCGACCAGAAGCAUCCUACCCAAGCUCUCCAGAAAUGCUGCCUGACCCACUGAGUUGCUCCAGUACUUAAUGAGGUUUUUUUUAGUAGAUCAGCAUUUGCAAUUCCCUGUAUCUACGAUUCUCCAACUGCUGUCUCACCAACACCAUGUACGACUAACAUAACAUCCCAAAUUCCAUACUCAAUGGAGAUGCAAGGAACUGCAGACACGGGAAUCUUAAGUAAAGAACAAAGUGCUGGAGGAACUCAACAGGUCAGGUGACAGGUUUCCAUUACUUGAAUUUGUUCUACUAAGUGGGAUUGAGAUCCCCUGUGCUCACCUAGCCUUAAUCUAAUGCAAUCCCCUCUGUUUCGGUGGAGGUCAGCUUCCGUCAAUGCCUCAUUCAACAAUGGAGCAAGGUUCCUUCAGUCAAAGGAAGUCCCCAACCCCCUUGCCUCAGGGGCUUUGUGACAAUAACUUUUACCAUGUCUUGGCUCGUCCUGGUUUUCCAUAAGACUGAACUAAUGCAUAGAUUCACUCGUGAUACCUUUGCAAGAACAUCAACAAAGAGAGGGAAAUUGGUAAAUGGCUUCCAUGUGCAAUAUAUUCACAAGGAGCCUGGUACAUAGAAAAAUUCAUUCCUUCUGAAUCUCAAAUCAGUUGACUAGAACAGUAGGAUCUUUUUUUUUUUUUUAAAGUCCAUAAAUAUAUAAUAGGUAAUUGUGAGCUGAGUUGUUCUACCUCCUUUUAAUGGUAAAUGCUGUGUUUUAGUAAUGUACCUUUUACUGUAUAUUAAAAUAGUUUAAUUCAAUCGAA